GAUUUGAAGCAGAGCGCUUUGCACGAUUACUUGCAAAAAAUAAAUAAAUGUAUCUGUGAUACGUAAAGUGAAAAAUAAUUUUACUUACACAUGAAUUUUCGCACUGAGGAAUUAUCGAUUUAAUUUUUUGAAGAAAAAUUUAAAUGUGGAAUACCAGUUGCAGAAAACAAUGUUGGGUGAGGUGACGUGAAAGGUGCAAUCGACCAGUGUUACUCGUAAUUUCUACAAAACACAAAAAUUCAAUUACUAUAAAUAAAUUAAUCUCCCAAUAAAGCGGACUUAAAAAUUUUCCAAGUGAUUUUGCGGGUGAAAGAGAUAAUUUUAUAAAUAUUGUGUAUUUUUAUCGAAUUUACUGAGGAUUUAUAUAAAAAUGAAAUUCAUCACGUCCUUGUUCGGGGUCGGAUCCCCCAAAAAAAUGGGCAGACAGUACAUGAAAGUAGGAAGAAAUGCGCUCUUUGGUAUCAGGCCCAAUAGAGAAGGAGAGCCGAUGUGCGCAGAACGAGUUCCUCGACCUAUGAAUGUCUUCAUUUCGAAAAAAGGAAAACUUAGACACGGUAGAAUAGCCGCUAUUCUAUUCGGGCUUCUGGCGUUGGCAAUCGGUAUUAUUCUCAGUAGUAUACCUUGGGUUGAUUACGUUAUUUUAAGACAAUUAAGGCUAUGGAAUGGCUCACUUUCGUUUCAAUAUUGGCAGAAACCCGGAGUUGUUAGACUUACCAAAGUUUAUAUAUUCAAUGUUACGAAUGCUGAUACCUUUUUAAGUUUAAAUGAAAAACCAAAACUUCAAGAAGUCGGACCAUUUGUUUAUAGAGAAGACAUGGAAAAAGUAAACAUAGUAUUUCACAACAACGGCACAGUAUCAUAUCAACACAAAAAGAUCUUGAACUUCGUACCGGAAUUGUCUAAAGACAAGGACUUGCGAGUUUUAGUACCAAAUAUUCCGCUUCUCACAUUGACGACACAAAGUAAGAGUUUGCCAAGGUUCCUAAACUUCGGACUAUCAAUGUUCAUAAGUGGACUGAAUCAAAAGCCUUUUGUUCCUGUCACAGCACAACAAUUGGUCUUCGGAUAUGACGAUCCACUGGUGAGCAUAGCGCACCGAUUUUUUCCAAAAGCGCGGCGACCGAUGCAUCAGAUGGGGCUUCUUCUUGCCAGAAAUGGAACGCUGGAUGAGGUGUCGACAAUUUACACUGGGCAUACUGAUAUGAAACAGUUUGGGCUUAUUAAUAAGUUGAACGGCCUAGAUCGGCUUCCGUAUUGGGAAGAUGAGCCCUGUAAUUCGAUAACAGCUUCAGAAGGGUCAUUUUUUCCUCCUCGAGACAGCACAGGUGCAGACGUAGUCCACGUUUGGGACAAGGACCUCUGUCGAGUGCUACCUCUUCAAUACCGAGGACCUGUCGAGAAGGCGGGCAUAAACGCAGAUCUUUAUACACCCACAGACGACGUUUUUGACCCACCAAGUGUUAAAAAGCCCGACAAUGAGUGCUUCUGUCCAGACGAUCCAACCAGUUGUCCGCUCAAGGGCCUCCAGAACAUUAGUCCUUGUCAAUACAGCGCACCAGUGUAUUUAUCGUUUCCUCAUUUUUAUAAAGCUGAUCAAAAGCUUACAGAUACUGUUGUAGGCUUGAAACCAGUGCCAGAGUUACAUGAAACUUAUUUUAAAAUUCAACCUAAACUAGGAGUACCUGUCGAAGGAAAAGUGCGAGUGCAAUUGAACCUAAAAGUAGAAAGACAGUCGGACAUAACAGCAGUUAAGGAUUUUCCGGACAUAGUAUUCCCGAUAAUGUGGAUCGAGGAGGGAAUCGAUGAGCUAACCCCCGCAAUAAGGAGGUGGAUAUACCUGGCGACGACCUUCGCGGACAUCGCGGUGCCGUGUAUAACGUACGGACUUAUUCUAGUCGGUAUGGUUGUUCUCAGUACGAUAACGAUAAAAGCGUACACCAACGUCCUUACAACGCAAGAAGCCAUCGAACUCGGCAAAAAGACAAUAAGAAGAGGCUCAUCGUUCAUCGUAAAUGGGCAGCAUCGCACCCUCGUCGUCAAGGAUUCGUACAUUUUAUUGAGUCAUAAUUCAGAGGAUGCUAGGCCUAUCGUCGAAGUGUAAUUUUUUUAUUUAAUUAGGCUUAUACAUAUUUUUACUUCCGUUCAUUAUUAUUAUUAAUUUUUAUUUUAUAAGAGUGUAUUUUAAGUGAACUAAAUGCUCAUUGUGCUCAAUAACUUUUAUAUUUUUACAAACUUCUCAUUUUAAGAUUAACUUUAAGACUUUCGAGUGAGUUUUUAUAAAAACAAUUUAUUUUAGUG